AUGGAAAAUGGAAAUGUCGGUCGAGGUAUUAUUGUACAGUUGAAAAUUGCAGAAGAAGACAUCAUUACCUCCUACAUCCAGAAAAUUCUGCUGGAACAGCGACGACUGCCUAUUGCAAUACCCAUAGAGAUGUCGAUUCAACGAGUAGUCGAAACAUUCGGGUUUAUUGAUGAAGGUUCAUCUUUGACCUUGAUGGAUUCAGAGCUAGCAGACCUCCUAAAAUUGGAUGGGUCAUCCGAACCAUUGCAAUUAAGAUGGACCUCGAGCAUCGUUCGCAAUGAAGAUUGUUCAAAGCGAGUUAAAGUAGCCAUUGCAGGAAGAGAGUUAUCAAAUCAAUACCAAUUCAUUAUAGCUCGCACCAUUGCGAAUCUUGACUUACCAGAGCAAAGUUUAUCGUAUGAAAAUCUGAUCGACAAAUACUUUCACUUACGAAAUAUCGACGUGUCCUCGUAUGCAACUGCAAAACCACGCAUUCUUAUUGGUUUAGAUAAUUUGGAAAUGUUCGCACCAUUGGAAAGUCGCAUAGGUCAUCGUGGGCAACCAAUCGCUGUUAGAUCGCUACUAGGUUGGUCAGUUUAUGGCCCCGUUAGCUCGCGCCCGCAACGCAGUGGCGAGCUGAACGUUCACUCAUGUAAUUGUAACGCAGAUAUCGAACUAUCAGACCUAGUACGACAACAAUUUGUCCUGGAAGAAAAUGUAAUGUUUAACGGCCAACUUCCCCAGUCAAAAGAUGCUAAACGUGCUAUUGAAAUCCUAGAUAAGACGACUAAUUUCAUAAACGGAAGAUAUGAAACAGGACUUCUGUGGAAGGACGACCAAGUAAGUUUCCCCAACAGUCGACAAAUGGCUAUGAACCGACUGAAAGGAUUUGAAAAAAAGCUAACGAAAAACCCAGAACUUCGAAGUAACGUCAAUGAACAGAUUCUGGACUAUAUCCGAAAGGGAUAUGCCCAUAAGACUACGGAACUUGAGCUGAUGGAGGCAUCGCCGGAACGCGUCUGGUAUUUGCCACUGAACAUUGUCAGCAACGCGAAGAAACCCAACAAGAAAAGAUUGGUUUGGGAUGCGGCAGCCACGGCUUAUGGGGUUUCUUUGAACUCGGCGCUUCUAAAGGGCCCAGACCUCUUAAUCAAUUUGCCAUCUGUAAUCUACAAAUUUAGAGAGAAAAUUGUAGGAUUCGGAGGCGAUGUGAAAGAAAUGUUUCACCAAAUUCGGAUUAAACCCGAGGAUAAACAUGCUCAACGUUUUCUAUUUCGAUUCGAUCCCGAACAUCCACCUGAUGUUUAUACCAUGGACGUUAUGAUUUUUGGCGCUGCCUGCUCGCCAUGCACAGCUCUAUAUAUAAUGCAACUGAACGCCGACGAAUGUCAAGAUGAUUAUCCCGAGGCAACUAACGCAAUAAGGAAUAAAAUAUAUAUGGAUGACUAUUUCGAUAGCGCGGACACGCCUGAAAAAGCAGCAAACACAGCAGAGCAAGUCAAAUUAGCUCUGAAGCGAGCAGGCUUUGAAAUGAAGAAUUGGGUGAGUAAUGACCGACACGUCCUAUCGAAGCUGGGUGAAAAUGUUACACCAGAAUCGAUUCCUCUACCGAAUGACGAAGUUGGCCACUCUGAGCGAGUUUUGGGUAUGACGUGGGACCCAUUGAAAGACAAAUUUUCGUUCCCCAUACAAAUCAACGGUGAUUUGGUUCGUUAUAUCGAAAGUGAUGAAAGACCGACUAAAAGAAUAGCCCUUCGUUGCCUUAUGAGCCUUUUCGAUCUUCUGGGAUUGCUCUCCCCAUAUAUGAUACACGUGAAACUAAUAAUACAAGACCUCUGGCGAAGCGGCGUUCAGUGGGAUGAACGAAUGUACGAUGCGGAAUACGGAAAGUGGAUUCGAUGGACUCGUCUACUUAGAAAAAUAGCUGAGCUUCAAAUCCCACGUCAUUACUUUGAUGGAAUAGCAAUCAACGACACGAUUCAGCUACAUAUCUUUACGGACGCCAGCGAGUACGGCUACGGCUGUGCUGCUUAUUUCCGAAUUUCUAAUGGAAAUCGGGUCGCGGUAAACCUAGUGCGUGGAGUUUCCAAAGUAGCUCCAUUAAAACAUCUGUCUAUCCCUCGAAUGGAACUCCAAGCAGCAGUAUGCGGUGCUCGUUUGAUGUCUAACAUUUGCGAUGGACACUCUAUCGAGAUAAAAGAGAGAUUCAUCUGGACCGACUCAACCACUGUGCUAAGCUGGAUAAAAGCAGAUCAACGGAAGUAUAAACAGUUUGUUGCUGUGCGUAUCGGGCUGAUACUUUCGUUUCCUGAACCGGAAAGUUGGCGUUGGGUACCCACUAGAGAAAAUAUUGCCGAUUGCCUAACUAAAUGGGGCAAAGAUACAGAACCGGAAUCAAAUGGACGCUGGUUUACAGGUCCUUCAUUCUUGUACGAGAAUCCGGAAGCUUGGCCGAAACAACGAAGUCAUCGAAAUGAUCCAACGGAAGAACGAAAGGCCCACAUUCUCCUACAUCUUCCGCAGUUCUCCUCAAACUUGAUCGAUCCUUCUAGAAUCUCUAAAUGGAAUGUUUUAGUGCGAACCAUAGCAACCGUCUUCCGAUUCAUUUCAAAUUGUCAACGGAGAGUGAAAGGUUUGCCAAUCGAAUCCGUUUUGACUGAAGACAAAAUGAAAAAAUUCAUCAAACGAUUCAUUCCCUCAAUUGUUGUACCUUUGAAGCAAACCGAGUACAGUCGAGCAGAGACUGUAUUGUGGCGUAUGGUCCAAGAGGAUUCCUAUCCAGACGAAGUUAAAAUUCUUACGAAGAACCGUAAUCUGCCGAUGGAAAAGUGGAGGAGAAUUGAAAAAUCUAGUCCUCUCUAUAAAUUCUGCCCUUUUUCCGACGAGUAUGGAGUGAUUAGAGUCGAAGGAAGAACGGCUAAUGCCAAAUAUGCCUGCUUCGAUGCACGUUUUCCAAUUAUUCUGGAUCGGAGUCACGUCAUCACACAACGACUAUUGGAACAUCAUCAUUCAACCUUUGGCCAUGGCAACAGAGAGACCAUAUUCAAUGAGAUUCGUCAGCGGUUCGAAAUUAGUAAGUUACGUGUAGCUAUCGAUAGAGUUGCGAAAGGAUGUCAGCGUUGUAAAAUCAAAAAAUGUGAACCUCGAGCGCCUCGAAUGGCACCACUACCGCAGGAACGUUUAACCCCUUAUGAAGAAGAACAGAGAAAAGAUACUUUCACCAAUGCAAAAACUAGCUGGCAUUUCAAUCCUCCCGCUACUCCCCAUAUGGGGGGAGUUUGGGAGCGGAUGGUCCGCAGUGUUAAAUGUGGUUUAGAAGCACUCGACGAUGGAAGAAAAUUGAAUGACGAAAUGCUAAUAACAGCUUUAGCUGAAAUGGAAGCGAUGAUUAAUUCUCGACCGCUCACCUAUAUGCUUCAGGAUUCCAACGAAGCACUUACACCGAAUCAUUUCAUUCGAGGAGGCUCCUCGGAAGACCAUGAUCCUCAACGUGAUUCAAUCUGCCUGGGAGAGGCCCUGAGAAGCAGUUAUUUAAGAUCCCUUUACCUUGCGAACGCAGCAUGGGCUCGUUGGUUGAAAGAGUAUUUCCCUGCGCUCAACAGACGUCCUAAAUGGUUCGAAGAAGCUAACCCUAUAAAUAUCGGUGACUUAGUUUAUUUAGCUGAAGGCCCUAGGAGGACAUGGGUGCGAGGAAGAAUAAUAGAAUUACUCCCGAAUCGUGAUGGAAGGAUACGAAGAGUGGUUGUGCAAACAGCAUCAGGAAAGCUGAAAAGGGCGGUAGCAAACUUGGCGGUGAUGGAGAUAAAAGAUAGUGAACCUGGUUCGCACCAGGACGAGUUGGAACCUGCUUCACGGGGUGGAGGAUGUUCUGGCACCACUGCAGCCGAUGAUCGUACCUGA